UCGACGACUGACAAGGUAAACGCACUUUGUCAAUGUGCAGGCGUCCAGCACCGACAUCGUUUGCGAGCGUCGGGUGUUGGCUACUCUCAGCCCCGUCACCCACCGCGCCGUCACCGGCCGCUUCGCGGCGUGCGAAACGCUCGCGUCUCCGCCACCGCUGGCCACCUCCGCGUUUCCCUGCGCCGCCACCAGGGGGACGCUUGCGCCUUGCCCCCUGGCCUGA